AUGCUUGAAUUCGCAGAAGGAGGAGCACAGCGUGAAACAAUUCAAUUGAUCGAUGGGAGCAUGGAAGAAGAAGAUUCAUUGCUGAUCUAUUGCUAUUGCAGCUCACACUAUCAGUCAGCGCCUACGCGCUCUCAAGCGAAUUCCCCCGGAGUUGAUCCCCCUUGGUAUGCCAACUACCACUCAAUAUACAUGCGCAGUGCUAAAUUAUGUUUAGGAGUUGUCGUGGGUAUUGCCGUUGGAGCUGCGUUCUACUCCCUGGGCCGAAAACUCGUCGUCGACAAGACAAUGCGUCUCAACCGUCAAAACAGGGGCGAAUAG